AUGCGGCGGCAGUAUAAAUCUCAGCGCCACCGUGAGACUAUCAACAAUAUCAUAGAGGCAGCUAUCCUUGAAGCAGAUGAAAAGGGUGUGAGGGUAAUGAGCCUUGGCCUGAUGAACAAUAGGGAGGAGCUAAAUGGGUGUGGAGAAAUGUACGUACAAAAGCAUCCAAAGCUGAAGAUAAAACUAGUGGACGGAAGCAGCAUGGCAGCUGCGGUGGUGGUCAAUAGCAUUCCAAAGGGAACCACGGAAGUUGUGUUUAGAGGCAACCCCACAAAGGUUGCUUCGGCCGCUGUCUUUGCUCUAUGCCAAAGGGGCAUCAAGGUGGUGGUGUUACGCACGGAGGAACACAUAAAACUCGUCAAGUCCGGGGUCGUCAAGAAUGUGGUACUGGCCACGAACAAUAAUUUCUCCCCAGUGGUGUGGUUGGUGGGGGAUGGAAUAAGGAAAGAAGAGCAGAUGCAGGCGAAAGAAGGAACACUCUUUAUUCCUUUCUCUGACUUCCCACCCGAUGAACUCCGUGAGGACUGUUUCUACCAUUCCACUCCAGCUAUGUUUGUUCCCAAGUCUGCCCAAAACAUUGACUCUUGUGAGAAUUGGUUGGGGAGGAGGGUGAUGAGUGCGUGGAGAGUGGGGGGCAUAGUGCAUGCACUUGAGGGUUGGGAGGAGCAUGACUGCGGGGAGACUCGCAACUUCUUCCGUCUCCACGCCAUCUGGGAAGCUGCUCUCCGCCAUGGUUUCCAGCCUAUCCUUCUCCCAUCAUCUCAUCUCUGA